AUGGCAGGGCAGGCAGGCAGGGAUGGCGCUGACGUCAGCGGCGGGGAGCGGCCCGGCGUGAGCGUGCAGCCGCCGUCGACCGCGUCGUCCUCUUCGCAAGCGCUGUCGUCGCCCGGGGCCACCGCCGCGGCACGCCCUUCUAAGCCGAAUCCGUUCGGGGCGGCGCGGCCGCGCGAGCAGGUGAUAGCGGAGCGCAAGGGCGUCACGGAGGCGGACCUGCUGCGCGAGCUCGCGUCCAAAGAGUGGCGCCCCACGGUGGUGCUGUCGGAGGCGCAGAAGGAGGAGCAGAAGGCGGCGGAGGCGGAGCUGGCGUUCGCGCGGGACGAGCUGGCGCGCGCGCCGGCGGGCGAGGAGGCGCGGCGCGCGGAGCUGGAGGGCGAGGUGAAGGCGCGCGAGGGCACGCUGCAGGACCUGCUCGCGUCGUUCGAGGUGAGAGGCGAGAGGUGUGGCGGUGCUUUUGAGAAUACUUUAAAGCUCCAACAGAGGUUUGGCGGUGAGCUGCUUGCGUCGUUGGAGGUGCGAGGUGUGGCGCUGUUGGAGGUGCGAGAAGUACUCACCUCGCCGCAUCACCACGCCACCAUGCCCCGUGCCGCUGCGCUCCUCAUUGCGCUUCCCCCCCUCUCUCCGCUCCCGGCCAUCCUCCCCGCCCCUCUGUCCGCUUUUCCUUUGCCUCCUCGCUCUCCCCGGAACCCCCCUCCCCCUCUCGCCGCGCAGAAAAUGGCGCUGGAGAAGCAAUCAGCCGGAGGGGGAGGGGGGGUCAGGCGCGGAGCGGAGCGGGGAGGGGCGGGGGGAGGAGCAGGGGGAGGGGGGCAUGCGCACGCUGCCCCGGAGUCAUACGGGGGGGGCUUUGGGGGGAGGCGGGGGAGGGAGGGGCAGGGGGGGGAGCAUGGGGGCGCGGGGAGCUAUGGGGAUGCGUGGGGCGGGGGAGGAGGGCGGAGAGGAGGCGGCGGAGGCGGAGGCGCGUGCUACAACUGUGGCGAGCCCACUUAUGCCGUACCCUUACCCCUUGCCAUGGCACCACCACUGCGUUCGCCUCUUCACCCCAUCCCUGCUGCCACCUCGCUGCUCCAUUCCUUGUCCUUCCCCCACACUCGUCCUCGCCCCAACCCAUGGCCCCCACCCACGCUACUCGCCCCGGCUUUGGGUCACUUCUCCCGCGAGUGCCCCAACGCCCCUGGGGGCGCAGGUUCGCGCUCAGGGGGGUACGGCAGCAGGGGGGGCGGAGGGGGGCGGGGGGGCGGGGGAGGCGGGUGCUACAACUGUGGGGAGGAGGGGCACUUCGCACGCGAGUGCCCCCAGGGCCGAUCCUCCAGCUUCGGCAGCAGCGGCGGGUACAGCGGAGGCGGGGGUGGGUACAGCAGGAGCAGCAGCGGGGGUGGGUAUGGUGGGGGUGGUGGGGGGUAUGGUGGCGAUGGCGGUGGGUAUGGGGGGGGAGGGGGGAGCUAUGGGGGAGGGUAUGGGGGGGAUGGGGGGGGAGGAGGAUCGCGAGGGUAUGAUGACAAGGCAGGCGGGGGGAGACGGGGCUAUGGCAGUGGCUGGGGGGACCAUUGA